AUGGUUUCCGGCAGUUUAAAUAUACCUAUCAUAGAUUUGGAAAAUUUUGAAGACCCACGUUUUACGGAUUCGAAGUAUGUGCUUACUAGUCCCAGAUCUCUUGAAGCCUGUUCACGCCUGAGGAUACCUCCUGUUGAUCUUCUUUACAAAAGCAGGGCUGAACUUCUCGAACGUUUUAAAAAACUCCCUGCAAACAAAAUUGAUGAGCUUUACAUAAAAAGUGAAGAACAAAGAAGAGAUAAGCUUUCAAAGGCUAGAUUAGAAAGGAGAAGGUUGAUAAGGCUUGAAGAUUCUACGAAGAAUGGAUCUUCAUUUGCCGAUGUUGGAUAUGUAGAUGAAUUCACUAAAAUCCCUCAGAAAACAAGUAUUUUCACUCAGCCAUCUGCGAAAAAUUUUGAAGAAAAUGUCAACAAUGAACCAUCUUACACAAAAAUGUAUACAGAUUUAAUGAACAAAUUACACCCAAAUGAACUUAAACGAAUCGAUUUAAUUCAAAAAAAGUACCAAAAGAAUAAAACGGAUUAUCCAACUACAUCAUCAUCAUCAGCGUCUAUUAAUUCAAGAAGUUUACAAAAUCUUGUUCUUAUUGGUCAGGCGUCUAGACCUCAGUCAGCGACUUGCAAACGAUUUCAACAGAGUCACAGCAGCACUUCACAAGCACAAAAUUCAGAACGAAACUCCACAAGACGUGCUUCAUACUCAUCUUUGGAUAAAGAAAGAAAGUUUUGGCAACGUAAACACACGCAAGAACAAAUAGAAAAUGAUGAAAGAGAGCGUAUACAAAAGUCAUAUGAAGAAAAAUUAAAUAAAUUUGAAAAACAAAAGAAUGAAAUUCUAAAAGAAAAAGAGAGAAAUAUAACUGCAGCUCAUUAUGAACGUGAAAGAAAAGUACGCCAAGUACAAGAAAGAAAACAGCAGUUAGGCAAAAUGCUUGAUGAAUACAGGAAGGAGUUGUACAAAGCACGUGAACAAUCAAUACAAAGAGCUGCUGAACGUGUGUCGUCAAGACUAUCUGAAGAACAGCAAAGAUUAGCUUUAGAGAGAAGACAAAAACAGCUACAAGUUGAAGAAAAUACUAAAGAAAGACAACGUAGAGAAAGUGAACUUCGUAAAGCAGCUGAAUUAGCACUACAACAAAAAGAUGAACAUAUACGUCGAUUAAUUGAAGAAAAGGAGGCUAGAAUUCAAGAGUCAAGAAAUUUAGCUUUAGCAGCUGAACGUUUACGUGAAGAAAUGCUGCGUGUUUACAAUUUGGAUAGUUUUGAUAAAAAAGUUCACAAAGUCACCUUAAUCAAUCAUAUGGGUUUAAAUGAAAGGAUAUAA